AUGGAAGCGCCGGAGAGCGUAAAAAAAGAUCAAGGGGAUCACUUGAUUGUCGGCACUAGUCGGAGACCUAUCGAAAUUAAUGAAGAUGAAGAGUCUUCUGACGGAGAGGUAAUCAUUUUUCACUGAGGCAUAUUCACAAAAUAAAUUUUCCGUCACAGAACUCGGUCAUUAUUCUGGACAGCGACACUGAAGCUGAAAACGGCGGCGCCGACGACGAAGAUGUGAACGACGAAGAGGAUUCUGAUGAAGAAGAGGAGGAGGAAGAAGACGAUGAUUCGGAGGAUGAUUCGGAUAGCUGCGUUGAUUCAGAAUCAGUAAAUUCAGUCUGGUCGACUGUAGACGAAGCGGUGGGCGAGAAACUGACGACAGAAGCGGCAGUGAGUUAUUGUAUCAUGGAUUAUCGAUUGAAAGCUUAUAUUGCAGGAAGUUAACAUCAUCAAAAAGUUCGAGAAGGCUGUUGUUGCGAUAGCAGAUAAGGACAAUGAGAAAGGAAAACGGAUAAUGUUCAAACUGCUCGAUGAUCCGUUAAUUUCCUCGUACCAAGUGGAAGAUCCGGACUACGAGACACUAGAAGAGCCGCCGCGGUACGCAAGAAUGCUGCAGGUGUUCAUCGCCGUGCACAAGAAUCUGGCUAAAGUGGAUCCGGACACCGAAGUAGCCCAUCUCUGUCAAGUUCUCGCUUAUGAACCGAACAACACUGCCGUCUGGCUCGACGUCGCCAUCAAAUCUGUAGAGAACGGCGAUCUGGACUUUGCAAAGUAUGCCUUCAAACGCUGCGAAAGUCUAAAGGAAUCGCUGGAAGCACACGCGACAGUUCUCUAUUUGACGUGCGACUACGGAGCAUGCCUGAAGAUCUUGAAGACGUAUGAAGAAGAAACGGACACUUUGAAUGAUAAAAUGAAGUAUUUGAAGUACAAAAUCAGAUCGACAAGUCAAUAUUACAAACAGCUUAGUGAUCGGAUCUUUGAGGAGGACGAAGUGUACGCAGACGUCAGCGGGCUCGAUCAGAGGAAGAUUUUAGUGUUCGACGAGAGAAUCGAGGAGCUGCAGCGGAAAACUCAACAGAAAAGAGCCCAACUUGUGGAUAAUUUCGAGAAGGAAACCGAAGAGCUCUCGACUAUUUUCAUUUCCAUCUCGGCCGAUCAAGAUCUCACCACUGUCGGCACUAUAUUUUGCGAUCUAUUCGAUCGUAUUCACGCUUGGUCGCAUCCUACUGAUCAACUGAUCGAGUUCACGGAAUGGGAGUCUCGCAAGGAUUAUCUGGAGGUGGUGGAAACUGUGUCCAAGAUCGUGGACGUGGUCGAGUGUGUGGAAGAACUGACCGAAAAGGUGGCAUUAGAGAAGAAGAAGCGGAGAGGAAAAAAAAAGAAGCAGGAGUAUCUGGCCAACUGGAGAAAAAGACUGUUUGUGGAUAAAGCCAGUCAGGAAAUCGAAUCGGAGCCGAACACGACGGCCGAUGAGGACUGCGGAGACGACGACGAGGUGUCUCAGGAGGAAGAGGACAGCCCUCGAGUUUCGGAACUACCGGAGAACGAGUUGGCCGCUUCGUUCGGACUCGAUUGUGGCGAUAUCCUUCCGAUCAGAACAGAUGCCAGAAGAAGAGAAAAGUAAGAGUUCUUUUUAGGCCAGAAAGCAGUGAAUAUUUGUUUAGAACACCCCCGCCAUCUGAUCCAAGAGAAUUCAUCGAUUGUGACCUCAUCCUCUCCCGUUUGGAAGCCCGCUUCUCCGCAGGCUCCCACACAAUCCUCGAUCUGCUCGAAGGGACUCUGUUCUUGCUCACCGAGCACACUCCAGCACGCGGAGCCCUUCCCGAACCGAUGCGAGAAGUGAUGAGGGAAAUGUACAAUCGAAUGGCACUUUUCAACCACAUGAUUCUGCGCAAAAAUCAUGUUUUGAAUGUGUCCGUUUUUGAAUUGGACUGCCGGAAAGCGACAGAAGUCUGCGUGAAAAAGUACCUUUCAGUCUUCCAUCGGCCAGAAGAUGAAAAAGAAUAUUCGGACGAUUCAGCGAAGGAAACAGAAGACGACAUUGACGAAGAACUGAAGAGAUCACUUGUGCUCAGAUUCAUGUGGAAGUACGCUCAUACUGGACUGAAAGACGAGAUAAAGUAAGUCGCGAUCACCUUUCUACAAUGAUUUGCAACAAACCAUUUCAGGCUGGACUACUUGUACUCGCUGGAAGAAUGUAUGCGUGCGGAAGAAGUAGUACCGACCGUCGGAGGCUCCUUUGCCACGUGGGAUGUCGCGUUGGCGAUCGGAGAAUUGGAGAAGAAAAAGAGAAUUGAGAGUGUGAAGCAUUUGUGGAACUCGAAGAACUACAAGGAUUUGGUGGAAAUUAUAGAGAAAGACAUGGAAUUCGAGUCCAUAUCGAACGAAGAAACACUCGAAAUGCUCACUUUCUGGCUGCAAUCACUCGAAAAACUCGAAAAACACAUUGAACUGGCCGAGUUGACCGUCCGCUCUCUUCACUUCUAUAUGUUCACCGCAUUCCGAACGGAAGAUCCCAACGAGCUGGAGACCCUCACCGUCAAACUGCUCGAACGACUUCAACGUCUCGAUUUCAAGAAAGUGGAUAAAGAAACGUUGUCAACGAUCGGAUACCUUGUUUGUGUGGCCAUGAAGAAGUAUAGAAAGUUGGAGAAAGACUGGAAAUCGUGGAAAAUUCUGUAUGAGACGGUGAAGCAAAACAGAGAAGAGAGCAAUCUGGAGUACAUUGAAAAACUAGACAAAAACGCCGAGCCGCACGUGAUGCCCCUUUUGGAGCAAGAUCUCCUUGUGAAGGCGCACGAAGUACUCGGAGAGCAUCAUUGUUGUGCUCAGAAAAAUGUGAGUUUCGAAAAUCAAUCGAAAUCGUGCACAAAAAUGUAUUUUUUGUUUCAGUACGAGUUCCUUUUCUUCAUCAUCGACCGCUUCCGCGAAAUGAUCGAUGACAUACCGACUCUCGAAAUGAUCUACCAGAAGGACAACGGAUGGCUGUGGAAUAAUGUGAACGAGGAGCUCUCGCAAGUGCUCUUCUGCUUGUACGGAAAGUACGGAAAGAAACGCAAGACCGGCGAGGACCACGAAAACGGGGGACGGGCUCCGACCGGCCUUGAAGACGCUCGCAAGGUGCUCUCCGUCAUCCUGGUGCAGCCGUUGCCGUUGUACGACGAGAAGGACAAACUUCUGCACGAGGUGGUCGAAUUGCUCAACUCAAAGUUCCCGUAUCUGCUGAAGAUUCCCAGUCAGAAAGAGAAGGAACUCGAGGAGUUUAGUCAGAUUCUGCGCGCGUCCAACAGUCUGGAAGACGUGAACAAAGGACUGAAAAAGUGCCGAGACGACGUGGACGACUACACACAGUCGUUGGUGUGGUAUGCGAUGGCGUUGAGCGCGUACAGGUCGACGGCGCACAAGGACACCGCCAGAUACAGUGAGCUGUACUUGCUCACGGAAGAGUCGGCCCAUGACGAUAGACUGAGAUCGUCUGCGUGGGGAAUACUGGCUCACGAGAACGUGCACGACUUGUUCCAGGUAAUUUGUGACAUAUUAUAUAUUCCAUAUCAGCAUUGUCCCCUGUUUCAGCUGGAUUUGCACGAGAUCUACGAGCAGUGGAAGUGGCGAAUCAUGCCGUUCCGAAUGGCCGUCGACGCCCAAGAGCACGAGCCAGUGCCGCACUUCGAACUCGCCGCCACCAUAUAUCAGUUGGCCUCUUCGCUCGCCCGAUUCUAUCGUCAUCUACCGAAAACGGACGAACGCCGCAAGGAUCUCGGAGACGUGGCGAAGCUGCGAAUCGAGUCGCGUGAGCAAUUCGACCGAUCUCUCGAACUCACAAAGCUCGGAGACGACGGAUCGCAGCCUGAGCACCAGUGGCUCUGCUACUUUUUCAUAGGAAAACUUGAAGCAAAGUUCGGAAAAUGGGAUAUCGUGAAAGUGGUGGAGAGUUUCUACGAGGCGGCGUGCGGAUGCGAACUCGCCGGAUUCUAUUACCCUCAGAAGGUGCAGACCAAAAAACAGACAAACUUCGAGCCUUUGGAAGUGCACUAUCAGGCGCACGCGGCAGUUUACAAGUACUUGAUUGCGAAUGAGAAUCCGCCGCUGGAAGUCCUCCGCAAACUGCGAGUUCUUCUGAAAGUUAUGAACGACGGACACAAAGUUGUGAAGCCGAGUAACUCACUUUUCAAGAUAAAUCCGGAUGUCUACUCGGCUGUUUACUCGCUUGUCGAUGAAGCGAUUCGAGACGAGAAAAAGGAUGCGGAAGAAGAAGUGAGAAAAGAUCUGAAGGAAAUGUGUUUCAAAGCAUUCACUCUGGUCACUGAAAGAUUCCCGCACAUCAAAUCCUACUAUCGAUUGGCCCAAAUGGCUGUGGAAAAAGGAGCCCUCGACUUGGCGUCUGAGCACAUUUUCAAGAACGUUUUUAAGCGGAAAAAGAGGGACGACGCCUUGUUCGACAACGUCGUCGAGAUUUCCUGCAACGACAUCAAUCGCAACGGCUCGUUCAACUUCCACGUGGAACGAUGCAUCAAACUCGGUGUGCAGAUUGCUCAACGUCUUCUGGAUUUGCACAACGUCGUGGCCGUGCUCGUGUCGAUGGUGACAGUGAUAGUGAAGGAUGACGAGUAAGUUCUUGCAGUCAGACAGAAACAAAAAUAAGAAUUUUUCAGAGAACACGUGUCGAAAGAGGUUUGGAAAGCUGUGAUUGGAAUGAAUUUGACAGCGAUGGAGCAUAUCGUUAUGUUGAGAGACAAUUGUAAGAGAUUCCGGCAUGCAGACAAUAAUCCCUUUCAGUUUCAGCAAGAAGCACUCCAUCGCCAGUGUUAGGAGAGAUUUCCAAGAAGACAAAAACGCCCCACAUCACACAGGCGACACUGCGCAAUGAGCUGUGGAAAUUGUGGAAUGUGCUCCAGAAGUGCUCGAAACCAGGCGAAGAGCUCAUUCGCUUGAUGAAAGAGAAGACGGAAUCUCUGAUAGUUUACGCGUUCAAGAGUGUCAGCGAACUGAAAAUGAGAAUGACGGCUUCAAACGGAGACGCGGGAGUCAAGAAGAAGUACAACGUGCAGAAAAAACGGUUGAACUUCGUGGAUAUGACGCAGCCAUUGUUGAAGAGAGUGGCCGACCAGAGCGCCGAAGCUUCUGCAUCUUCCUCAUCGUCGUCGAUCAAUCUCAUCCAAUCUGGUCCUUCGAAGGCUUCUUCGUUGGCAGCUUCUUCUUCUGGACCGUACUUGCCUUUGAGCGAUUCGGACGAUGACAUUCAGUUCAUUGGACCUCCCGCUAAAAAACCUCCUCCGUCCACGUCAUCAUCAUCGUCAGCAGCAUUGCCAACAGUUCCGCCGCCAGCACAACGACCUGUCGUUCCGAAGCCCGUUGUCCAGAAGCCUGCAGCCCGAGACCUGUCGUUCCGAAGCCAACAGCUCCUGCAAUUACUGCUAGUCAAGCGGCAAUGAUGGCCGCAGCCGUCGCGAACAAGGACACCAUGGCCAGCAUGGCCCAGCUGAUACUUGCGGCGGCCGCGUCUUCGAACAAGGAUGAGCAAUUGCUGGCUGCUCAAGCAAUGCAGGCAAUUCAAGCGGGACAAAUAUCGCAGCAGCAGGCGAAUCCGAUCGCUCAGGCAGUUCAGUCGAAUCAACUGGUUCAGGUGGCGAAGCUCUAUCAGCAGAUGGCCCAAGCACAGCAAACUGUCAAAGAAAACGCUGCCAAAGCUGCUCAGGUGGAAAGGCCCGACGGGCGGCCAUCGAGAAGGCUGAACUUGAAAGUGCAGCUCAGCGGAAAGCAGCGAAGGAAGCGGAAAUCAGAGCCGCUAAUGCUGCGAGGGCCCGUCAAGCACAAGUCUUUGAAGCUCUUCAAGCAGCCCAAGCAGCCAAAGCAACCCAAGUACAUCAGCCCACCGCCGAUGAGAUAUUCAAAGCGUUCCAGGCCGGCAAAGUUUCGCAAGCGAAUGCAGUGCAAAUGGCCCAGUUUGCCGAAGUUCUUGCCAGGGCGGGAGCUCUUGCGAGGCCAACUCCAGUCAGACCGACCACGUCGAACGGAGCAGGAAUGUCUGCAUCGUCCAUCGUGAUGCCAGCCGCAAGACCGACAGUCCCCGCUCCGAAGCCGAUCAGACCCAAUCCGAUAGCUCCGACGACGUUUUCCUUCCAACCUCAGCAGAAGACCCGUUAUCCUGCUCCGAACCAAUCCGGAACUUCUCAAAUUGUGAAUAUCCAACGACCUUUGGCCGCAAGACCGCCCGUCGCCUCCGCUUCCACGUCAUCGUUGCCCGGAGCUGCCGCAGUUCCUGUUCGACCGACUGCGGUGCGCCCGGCCGCAUCCGCUAUCAACGCCGAAUUGGACGGAAGUAACUGGACGAACGUCGCAAGAGGCAAUCUUUUGGAAUUUCUGAAUGCAAUCCCCGACCCUGCGCAUAGAGAUCGCAUAUGGAAACAAAUAUCUGUGAGUUUCUGUGAGCCCUGAUUCCAUCAAUUACAACUAUCUUUAGGGUAACAAAUAG